AUGCAUUGGUUUGGGGGAAGCAUCGCCGAGGCGGUGAAUUUGUCUAAGCAAAGAAAUGCAAUUUUCGUCGUUUUUGUUGAAGGCGACAACGAUCUCUCCGUGGAGAUGGCAGCGACGAUUGAUGACACAGCAGUCGUAACUCGGCUGUCGGACCAGGAUAACUUCUUAGCCGUGAAGCUAAAGAGUGGAUCAGCUAACUACACGCAUUUCGCACAGAUCUAUCAAUUCGUUCCAGUACCGUCACUAUUCUUUAUAGGGAGGAAUGGUACUCCUUUGGAGGUAGUGUGCGCAGGAGUACAGCCCGGUAAUCUAGCGACUAGAAUAGAUAGGAUAUUGGAGGAACAUCAUAAAGAAAGACCAAUCCAGCCUUCGACGUCGUCUGAGCAUGUUAGAGAGCAGACUGUUAAUUUCUUACAAGCGGAAGGCAGAAUGGCCUCUUCUCGUCCAGCAGAGGAGAAGACUGACGCUGCAGAAAACGCCCCAGAAAAGAACGUUGAGAUAAAACCCUCAGAAGGAGAAGAUUCUUCUGGCCCACCCGCCAAGCUGGCCAAGACUGAAAAAUCACCUGAAUACGAAGUUGUCUGCAACGACGGUGUAUGCGUGCGACAGGUCAAAUCUAAGACUGAUGAGGCUGGACCCUCGCAGCCGAUGACUCCUCCUGUUCCUGCCACCACUGACGCUUCACAGAAUUUACCGAAUGAAUCUGAAAGUACUGCCAGCAUGCAAGAGAGGAUGGAACGCGCCAAAGAGCUUAUAGAAGCAAGAAGACGGGAGAAGAGUGAUAAAGAGAAAGAGGCUGAAAAAGAGAAGGAGAUAGAACGCCGUACUCAAGGGAAAGGAGUAGCUGAAUUGAAGAGAUGGCAGGCGGACCAAGAGUUAAAGCAUAUUCAGGAGGAGCGCAAACGUGAAAAGAUGGAGAACAACCUGGCUCGCCAACGGAUCCUGGAGCAGAUCGCGCAGGACCGCGCUGAGAGGAGGGCGAGGGACGCCCCCCUCCCCACACCUGCACCCGCCCCUGUGCCCGCGCCCGUCCCGCAGAACUCCGAACAGCCCGCCACGCCAGGCGACAGCGGCGGUCGCGCGCGUAUCCAGUUCAAGUUGCCGGACGGCGCCUCGCACACCGCGCACUUCCCCGCGCACGCCGCGCUCGCCGACGUGCACAGAUACGUCGCCGAUAACCUGCAGCUGUCCAAUUCCACGUUCUCCCUGUGGACGGCGUUCCCGCGGCGCGAGCUGACGGAGUCGUCGGCGACCCUGCUGGGCCUCCAGCUAGCACCCUCCGCAGCCCUGCUCGUGCUGCCGCGGAGGCAAGCGCCCACCAUCGCCACCACCACCAGCUUCACGGCGCUCGUCACAUAUUUCACACAGCUAUUCACAACAAUUAUAUUACAACCAUCACAACAACUUUAUCAAUGGCUACGAACAAGAUUGUUCCCACCCCCAUCGACAUCGACGUCCCGCGACCCCAGCCCAUCGAGCCCACAACCCCCACAACCAAACAUCGGCAACCUUCGCCGCCGGGGCAACAUACACCGCCUACCCAGCGAUAGACCUACAGACGACGACAAUAACACAUGGAACGGGAAUUCAACUCAGCAGAUGUAUUGUGGUGCAAACUUUUACAAUAGUUCCAGUGAUGAUAAUACCAAAAAUGUAGUAAAUCAUAAAUAUUUAGAUCGUGAUAACUCUAGUGAUUACCAUGAAGAUAAUAAUAAUAAGAUGAAGAACGAAGAAAACAGUCAACAAAUUGAUACGUCCGUUGGCAGGACCUUCGGACGGCCGUUAAAGAAGAUGGCGCAAGCUCUCAUCCCUCUGGCCUUCCAAAUAGGAGCAGCCUCUACCUGGAUGAUAGUGGCAGCCAUAGUCGGGUUCAAGACCCUGCUAGUCUCUUUGAUGAUAUUGAAGCUGCUUCUACUGGCUGGAGCUGCGAAGGUUGGAGCCUUCUUUGGUCAGAAGACGCAUGGUCACGAACACGGGUGGGAACCCCCUCAUCAGAAGGAGAUACACCUGCACAUCCACGGUCAGCACGGACCACAUGAAGAACACAUAUCGUCCUGGAACAGAGAUGGCGCCAUCAAUUCAUUGACGGACACCAAGAGCGUUAAUUUAGUGUUAAAUCCUUACGCUGCCGGUCCUCAAACUAUCAGCACACCGUACGGGAAUUACAUAAGAGUAGAUUCUCGGAAUCACAAUCAAGGUUUAACGAAUCCAGAGUGA